UCAUCAUCUUCUCCAAAAAUUAUGGCGGUUGGAAAUUUUAGAAAUUGAAAACAACCCAUAUCUACCAAAACUUGGUUUUGCACUUCAGCACCACAAUCAAGAAGAUUUGACUGAAGGAGCGUGGCGUUUUCCGUAUGAGAAGCAGCUCACGGUAUGGGAAUGGAGAUGGCCACUGGAAGCACCAAUCCCUAUGCCAGUUAAGCAAAUCCAAUCUCUCUGAAUCUCAAUCCCUUCUUGAAUUUCAAACUUUCCUCAUGGAAUUGCAAUUGCCCUCCAUUUAUCUCCACUUCCCAUUGCCUCUCUUGCUUCUCCCUUUCAUUUUUGCAACAACCCAUUUCGGGUUCCAUUAAUUCCCUCGAGUUUAGGAAUUCGAUCGGAAAUUGUGGGUUGUUUUUCUUUUCCCCUUUUCCGGGUUCUUGAAAUUCUGAAACUUUCUGGAGAUCUCUGUUGAUGUUCGAUUUUAGCUCAGUGUAACUUGGGAUGGAUUGAGGGCUUGUUAAACGGUUUGGGAUUUUUGGGUCGGGACCGAGGUUUAGGGUUUUUGACUGAUCAUGAUCAUCAUCCUCUUGCUGUCAAUUUACACAUUGGAUCUGGCAGAGUAUUUUUGGUUCCUGGGUCUCUGUUUUUCCUUGGAGAUUUACUUCUUCAAGGGACUCAAUUGCGCUCCACUGGUAAUUUGUUUCUGAUUUGAAAAAGUAACUUUUAAGUGGGAAGUCAAAUCAAUGGCAUCAUCUGGGUUUUUCUUAAUCUGUAUGCUUCAUUCUCUGAUUGCUUUAACUUGUGGAGCUUUAAUGAUGUUUUACUCCCACGAGGUCUAUGUGUUUGGCCAUGGCCCUGAAACCGCAAUCAAGCUCCAGGGAUCUAGUCCCCACGAUCAGCUUCUGAUAAAGACAUCUGAUUCUUUCUCUGGUUUGCUUCUCUUUACUGUUGGGUUUCUUUUAUUCAUGGUGGCUUUUGUCAAAGAUAGAGAGUUCCAAAGCUUCUUUGCUAAAGGCUGCGUGUUGCUUCACUUAGCUAUGGCCAUAUGGAGAGUUUAUUUCGAGAGGAAGCUUGAGGAUCUCGCCCGUGAUUGGCCUCGACAGGUCGUUGGGGAUGUUACAUUGGCAUUGUCAUGGGUUUUCUUUCUUGUGUAUUCAUGGAGAGAAAAAUACGAUUAACUUCAGGUUCAACUUUUCUUUCAGCUGGCAUUGUUGUUUAAAAUUGUCAAUUAUGACUCUGCUUCUUAAUUAUGAUGAGUUUGAUGGAAA